CAACUAAUCCAAUAUGGCGGUCUGUUACAAAUGGAGUUAUUCGUGGUUAUUUUCAUAUAAUUUCUGUUUAUUUUAACAGUUUCAAUUUAAGGAAUACAUUUUCUUUUGUGAUAUAAUGUAAGUGGAUGACUUAUAUAUAAUCUCAUGCCGUAUUCUGAAGAUGCCCUUAAAUUCUAUGCCGGAAACUAAAAAAGGAGUUGAUAGAACUAAAUUUUCACUGUCUCUUAAUAGAAAUAAUGCAACACAAUUAAGGAACGAAAUUAAAAAACCGGGUUGCAACAAAAUAACUUAUACCUGCGAAAAAUCCUUCGACAAUAAAGAAAAUAAACCUGUCAAGAGACCUUUACCAAACACUUACAACAACACAUUGAAUGCUGCAAAAAAAUUGAAACCUUUGACUGAAUCAUUAAAAGUGGGAGCUUCAUUGGGAGAACCACAGUUAGUGAUAUUAAAGCCCAAGGAAGGCAGCUCUGCCAUGUUGAAUGGCCACCACUCAUCAGAUAAUCAGUAUGGGGGGAGCUCCCAAGCCAAGGCUCCUAUUGCCACCCUAUCUAAUCUUGGAAACACAUGUUUUCUCAACAGUGUAUUGUAUACUUUGAGGUAUGCCCCUCAAUUUGUCCAUAACCUGCAUCACUUAGUGUCAGAUUUGAGUAGAGUGGAACAGAAACUUGGCAGCAUCAGGUUAAAGAGUUCCUCCCUCGGUAGGAGUGCAGCAGGCAUUGUCUCCUCAGGGACAAGGUCCUGGAGCAGUAAAGAUUUAUUGUCCUUAGGGCAAUCAGAUAAUAGUUCCGGAAAAAGUAAAAUACAGAUAGCAACAGAAAAACUUCACGAAACAUAUUUAAGUCUACGUGCAGUGGAGAGCAAAUGUAUGAACACAACAGCUGACACAAGCCCUGAGCCGUAUGCAGCUGAUGCCUUUUUAGCAGCUCUGAGAGAUGUUAACUCUACUUUUGAAGGUAACAGGCAACAAGAUGCCCACGAAUUACUGGUGUGCAUAUUGGACAAUAUCCGAGAGACAUGUCGAGCGUUGAGCGCUCGCGCCUCGCGUUUACAGUUGCAAGAAAAUGGAGAUAGUAAUGGCCUCAGUCGUCCCCAAACCAUAGAGGAUGGUGGCAAAACACUGGGUAACUUGCGCAAGUCAUGGAAGAAACGCAAGGAGGUUAAGCUGAAUGACAGACGGUGUUCCCCCACCGAGGAGCGGGCUCCUUCACCCGCUGACCCGGAGAGGGAUGAGCGAGCCCGACCAGGGUGGGACUUUGUCGCUGAUGAUUUUGAAGGCACGAUGGUAGUCCGCACGAUGUGCCUGGAGUGCGAGACGGUGACGCAGAAGGCGCAGGCGGUGUGCGAGCUGUGCGUGCCCGUGGGCGACGACGACGCGGCCGACGAGCCCUUCCGCGCCGCCUGCCUCUCCAGCGAGUACCUGCGCGAUCAGAACAAGUACUGGUGCGAGCGCUGCCUCCGCUACAACGAGGCGCGGCGCAGCGUCGCUUAUUCGCGCCUGCCGCGGCUGCUGGUGCUCCAGCUGAAGCGCUUCAGCGGCGGCAUGGAGAAGAUCACCCGCCACGCGCCAACGCCGCUGCUGAUGCCGUGCUUCUGCGAGCCGUGCGCGCGCCGCCCGCCCGACCUGCCGCCGGCGCACAGGUACAUCCUGUGGGCGGUCAUAAUGCAUCUCGGCCAGACCCUAACCGGCGGGCACUACGUCGCGUACGCGCGCGACAGCUCGCAGGCCGACGUAAAGUGCGAAAGAGAGAGCAGCAACGAAUCAGCCACCUCCAACACCGGCACCAGCUUCAUGCGGACACUCUUCAACCGACCCAGGCCUCAACAAACUGGCUGUACGGCCAGAGAAUGCUGUGUGCCUAGACACAGGCCGGAAACCGGCUGGCUCGCCUGCGACGAUGACCUCGUCAAACCGAUAUCCAAUGAAGAGUUCGAAGACCUCCUCUCGGCUGAACCCAAAAUGAGAUCUGCAGCGACACCCUACCUACUAUUUUAUGUCAAAAGUGAAGUCGGCUAGUCCUAGUGCGGUUGAGUUUAAAAUUUAGCAGUGAAUGUUCUGUUAUUCUUUAAAAUGCUUUAAAAGACAGACACAUUGUACUGUGUCGAGCCGAAGUGAUAUUAUGGAUAUGAAGUUAACAUUUCAAUAGAUAUAUUUAAAACUAAUUCUUGGUAUUCUACUGACAAUACGAACUCGAAAAUUAUGAAUAUAUCUUCAUAUAAAUGUAUAAUCUGUUAAAUGUAUAUUGAAUGGAUUCAUAUUUAUGACAAAAUUGUAAAGCUAAAUUUAUAAAUAGCAUGUUGUUGUGUGAGAUGGCCUAAAUUUAAAUUCAAUUUGAUACUCUUUGUAACCGUACAUUUGAAAAUGUAUUUGUAAAAAGUUAUAUGCAAAUGAAUAGAUUCAGUUAUUAUAGUCCAUUAAUUGUAUAUUGUAAAAAAUAAUGACAGUUCAAAAUUAGAACAAUAUGCAAAAAUGAUAUGUGCAGUAUUACCACUGGAUAUAUAAAGUGCACUCUACAUAAAGAAAAUUUAUAUAUUUAAUUAAUUAUAAAGAUGUCAUUCUGUACCAAGUGAUAGUUGUUCAGAUUUUACUUAUUUUGUUAAUAUUAAAGCAAUAUUCAAAUCAAUAUUCUAACAGAUCACACAUAAAAGUAUAUAUAUUUUUUAAUUAAAAGUACUGAAGUUUCAUAGAAUCCCGUAAAUUAAAGAUGAAUGACCAAUUUAUGGCUGCAUAUGUAUUAAUAACUGGUGGUUGGCAUUUAAGAUAAGUAUCAUUUUUAAAAACCAAUUCACUUUCAUAUGAAUUGUUGUUGUGUCUGACAUUCCAUGUAAUAUUUUAAUAGAACAAUGCUUUAUGAAAAUAUAUAACGAUGUUUUAUAUACUAUGGGUUGAAACUAUGAUUAUUCACGUCAAACCUUAUUUUGAGGAAAAAGGUCACAUUUAAAGGGCUAAUGAACUUAACUGUAGAAUGACUAUUUUUUGGUACUUUACAUAUUUUGGGCUGAUUUUUCAAUUGUCAAUUUACAAUAGAUAACUCAUAUUUUUUUUUUUUGUUUAAAGUUUGUGAAUAAUAUGGGAUGGCAUUACAGCAAUUUAUAUUUGGAAUAACUUUUACUUGGACAUUGAAAGAUAAGCCCUAAAACAUUUAAAUUCAAUACUAAGGCGUACUUAUGACUUUAUUUUCUUGUAAAAUAAAAUUAAGCAAGAGUGAGAAGAGCUAGAUUAAUUUCACUACAUAUUCAAGUUUAUCAAUUGAUUGUCAUGACAUUUUUAUAUUAUUUAAAAAUAGUCUUUCCCUUUUCAAAUUUGUUUGUGUGGGAUUUGCGAUAAAAGCUUUUCGCUUAGAAGUUUUUCACAGUAAGCUUGCUUUUUUUUGUAACCAUCAAUAAAAUAAUAUAAUUUUUCUAAUCCAAUUAAUAUUUCAACUUCCGACGCAGUCGUCGGAAUAAAUAUAAUGAAUUCUUAAAAUAUAAACUUGGUAUGUUACAAAACAGACUAUCAGAAGGCAUUUUCUGUUUUAUAAGCACGAAGAUUUGUUAUUUUUUUUUAUUUAUAUGUCAAGAAUGAACAAUAUAAUCCCAUUAAUGAUAUAUUUUGUUGAACAAGAUCUAACAAGAUAUACCUUUAUUAUUACCACUUUUAGUUUAUACUAGAUAAAUAUACGAAGUUAAUAUAAGGUCAUCAAUAGUUAUUUAAUCAAUUUUAUAUCAAACAAAAAACAUAUAUUUGUGAUACAAGAAUAUUUUCCCCUCAACUAAUCUCCCGAGUUAGUAUAGUGUUUUAUUUAGCCAUCGCUUUGCGUCUAUGUUAUCGCCUCAUCUUAGUUUUUGGUUUGUUAAUAAUAUUGUGUAGUCAUAAAUCAUACAAAUUGUGGUUGCAGAGUUGUUUUCAAAAUGUUACGUAAUUUUUUUUAUAAAAAAACGUGUUUUUCAUACACUCUUUCAUUGCAUAAAUAACUCUUAUGCCAUGACGUAAUUUAAAACAAUUCGUAUGUAUCCUAUAAAUACUUUUUUAAAACAUUAAAUUUAGAAAGGAAUUAAUAUACGCAAUAAAAUCAAAUGGUACGUUUUUUAAGUUCUGUUUAAAAUGGAAGAAACAACACAAUAUUAUAUUUUACGAUGUAUAAUAAAUAUUGCAGCUUUAGACCAAAUUUAAAAUUGCUUGCUUUGUGACUGCUAACGUGAUAUAUAUUUAACAAAUGUUAAAACGAAUUUGCUAUUUAAGUAAGACAAAAAGCCUUCUUCACAACUAUUUUUCUACUUGGAAUGUAAUUAUCCUUUUCUAAAUAUGUUUAUUACCCUUUGUAAUAGAUAAAAUUUUUAAAAUAUGUUAAAAUAGUCAAUAAUAUAAAGACCAGUUAACAAUACUAUAAUUACUAGUUGAGAUACAUUCGUAUAUUAUUGAUUUGUAUCAUUUUUUUUUCUAGACCUUUAAUGUAAUGGUUACUGUACACAAUUUUAAUUAUUUAGUAACAAUUCAGCACUUUUGCUUAUUUUUUUUUCAGAGGACAAGGCUCAGAAUAAUUAACCAGAUUAUAGUCAAAAGGAUUUCGAGAAUAUUCAGAAAUGCAAUUACCAUGCAACAAUUUUAAACUGUAGUCUGUAGAUCAUUUGUGUACAAUAACUUUUAUAUAAGUAGGAUACAUAGUUUAAAAUGAGUUCAGGACCCCAGUGUGUAUUAGCUUUAAACUUAGCCGCUAUACUUUGAGUGUUAAGAAUAAACAUUAAAGUCCGACAAUUUUCUACAAACAACAUAUUAUAUUGUAUUAUUACGUCACGUAUUUUUAUUUUUAAAUUUAUUGCUCUUGUAUGUUUAGUGUGCUGUAUAUUUGUUGCAAAUGCCAUUCCAAAACCUUUCAAAAAGGUUAUAUCUUGUCAGUAGUUAUAUAACUUUAUUUUACUAAUGCAAAAAUGUUAUUUCAUUGUAAAUUAAAUUUGAAUAAAAAUUAUUUCGAAUGCA